ACUUUUUUUUGCCCCUGCGUGUUUCGCAGCUGAUAAUCAUCAGAUCCGCAUGAAGCUGGAGCUGCUCGGUCAGACUGCGACUUCCCGGGAGAGUUUAGAGAGGAAAGAGUCAAAAACAAAAGUCCAAAGGUCCUUCUGGCUGCUUUUAACUGUCGCUUUCAGUCCCAUCGGGACCUGCUGUGGAGGACCCACCGGGUCUGUGUUCCUUAACUCGGCCUUUUUGCGGUCCGAGCUGCCGCUGGAUGGGACGCACAUUUUCUGCUCGCUUGUGCUGCGAUGGAAGCGGAGAAACCACCGGGCUCUCCGAGCAGAUGUUUUGAGUGAAAGCAGCAGAGACGGGGAAGAUCUGCAGCAUUUCAUCGUUGUUUUCUUGCUCCCGAUCAGCAGUCUCAUCCAGCAGGUCAGAGGAUUUAUUGAGGAUUUAACCACGUUAUAAAACUCUUUAAAGGCGAUCUACCCGAGAGCUCAGGCUUUUACUUCAGUCUAUUUUUCUUCUGGUUGGCCUCGGAGAUGCUCUGCAGUGAGAGGAAGCUUUAUUCGCAGGAUUUCAGUGCUGAAAAAUUGGGACAAAUGAUUGGACGCACGAUGCUCUGCUGACCGUUUUUCUUUUUUAAAUUUUGGAUGUUCACCUUCGAGGUCGUUCUCCCACCACCACGUCACAGAUAGCAGACAAUGUCUACUGAUAACAGCCCGCCGCCCCUGCCAGCUUCUCCAAGGUCGUUCCAUGCCCUACCUCAUCACCCGGCCCCGCCCACCCCAUCACCUUCUCCCAGCCCGCCAGCCACCAUCUGCAGCCGGCUUUCCAACGGCAGCCAGUCGGCGCCCAGCCCCACGAACUCACGGGGCUCAUUCCACGGCAUCUCCUUCCUGCUUCAGAUCGGACUCACGAGGGAGGCGGUCACCCUCGACCCUGGAGAUGUGUCGCUGUCGUCUGUCAGGGAGCUCGUCUGCUCCAUCGUGGAUCAGAAGUUUCCUGAAUGUGGAUUUUUUGGGAUGUACGACAAGAUCCUGCUCUUCCGUCACGACCUGAGCUCAGACAACAUCCUGCAGCGUUUGAUCUCCGCUGAGGAGAUCCAGGAGGGCGACCUGAUCGAGGUGGUGCUCUCUGCUCUCGCCACAGAGGAGGACUUCCAGAUCCGACCUCACACUCUGUACGUUCACUCCUACAAGGCACCGGCCUUCUGCGAUGACUGUGGGGAGAUGCUGUGGGGGCUCGUCAGACAGGGACUCAAAUGUGAAGGAUGUGGACAGAACUACCACAAGCGGUGUGCGUUCAAGAUCCCCAACAACUGCAGCGGCGUGAGGAAGAGGCGACUGUCAAACGUCUCCCUGCCAGGCGCCACCUUGUCUGUCGCUCGUCCACCUUCCACUGACUUCAGCCCGGCACUGCAGGAGGAGCGCCCUCUUCUGGGCGCCAUGAAGCGCAACUCCCUGCUGAGCGGCCGGCCCAUCUGGAUGGAGAAGAUGGUCCUGGGUCGGGUGAAAGUCCCCCACACUUUCUCCGUCCACACCUACACCCGUCCCACCAUCUGCCAGUUCUGCAAACGCCUGCUGAAGGGCCUCUUCCGCCAGGGCCUGCAAUGCAAAGACUGUAAAUUUAACUGCCAUAAGAGAUGUGCAGCCAAAGUACCUCGAGACUGCCUGGGCGAGGUCGACUUUAACGGAGAGCCAGCCAGUCCUGGUAUGGACUCAGAGGCGACGAUGGAGGUGGACUGCGAUGUGAACAGCGAUGGAGGUCACAGCAUGGACGAGCAGGACGAGCAGUCCACCGAAGACAAGAUCUUCUUCGGGGGUCCCUGCACAGACUGCGAGAAGGAUGACGAGACGGUCAGAACGAUCAGCCCGUCGACCAGCAGCAACAUCCCUCUGAUGCGUGUGGUCCAGUCCAUCAAACACACCAAGAGAAAAAGCUCCACAGUGGUUAAAGAAGGCUGGUUGGUGCACUACACCAACCGUGACAACCUGAGGAAGAGACAUUACUGGAGGCUGGACAGCAAGAGUCUGACUCUGUUUCAGAAUGAAAGUGGAGCCAAGUAUUACAAGGAGAUCCCCCUGUCUGAGAUCCUGCAGGUGGAGCCGGCGCAAGACUUUGGCAGACUGCCUCAGGGUAGCAACCCACACUGCUUUGAGAUCAUCACGGGCAGCAUGGUGUACUACGUCGGGGAGGACAACGGUGGCCUCUACCACAACCCAGCUUUGGCAGCAUCUGGCGUGGGACGGGAUGUAGGGCAGAGUUGGGAGAAAGCCAUCCGACAGGCGCUGAUGCCCGUCACACCCAAGGCUAGCGUCGGCACGGGGCCAGGCCAGGGGAAGGAUCACAAGGAACUGUCUAUCAGCAUAUCAGUGUCCAACUCCCAGAUACAAGAAAAUGUGGAUAUCAGCUCAGUGUAUCAGAUCUUUGCUGACGAGGUCCUCGGCUCGGGACAGUUUGGGAUCGUUUAUGGAGGCAAACACAGAAAGACCGGCAGAGACGUGGCGAUCAAAAUCAUCGACAAAAUGCGGUUUCCUACUAAGCAGGAGAGCCAGCUGAGGAACGAGGUGGCCAUACUUCAGAACCUCCACCAUCCGGGGAUUGUUAACCUGGAGUGCAUGUUUGAGACGCCCGAGCAGGUGUUUGUGGUCAUGGAGAAGCUUCACGGCGACAUGCUGGAGAUGAUUUUAUCCAGCGAGAAGAGCCGGCUACCCGAACGGCUCACCAAGUUCCUGGUUACACAGAUCCUGGUAGCCCUGAGGCAUCUUCACUUCAAGAACAUCGUCCACUGUGAUCUGAAGCCUGAGAACGUCCUGCUGGCCUCUGCAGAGCCGUUUCCUCAGGUGAAGCUCUGCGACUUUGGUUUCGCUCGUAUCAUCGGGGAGAAGUCGUUCCGCCGCUCAGUGGUUGGCACUCCGGCCUACUUGGCGCCCGAGGUGCUCCGCAGCAAAGGCUACAACCGAUCUCUGGACAUGUGGUCGGUCGGCGUCAUCGUUUACGUCAGUCUGAGCGGGACGUUUCCCUUCAAUGAGGAUGAGGACAUCAAUGACCAGAUCCAGAAUGCCGCCUUCAUGUACCCAGCCAACCCCUGGAAGGAGAUCUCAGAAGAGGCCAAAGACCUGAUUAAUAACCUGCUGCAGGUGAAGAUGAGGAAGCGCUACAGCGUGGACAAGUCGCUGAGCCACCCCUGGCUGCAGGACUACCAGACCUGGCUGGACCUCAGGGAGUUCGAGACACGGCGAGGUGAGCGAUACAUCACUCACGAAAGCGACGAUGCCCGAUGGGAGGAAUACGCUGACGAGAGAGGCUUGCACUACCCCAAACACUUCAUCAUGUCGCCCAACCUGGAUGACAUGGAGGAGGACCCCUAGAGGCCUUGGCCAUGUUGACUUUUCUUAAGAGGGUUAGCCUCAAACCCGGGAAACUGUUGACAGAAGCGCCACUGUGUAGGCCGCAGGCUUUCCCCCAUGACGGCGUGUGAUGACCCAUGAGGACACGCUGAUCAGGCAGCUCACUGCAGCGAUAAUUCAGGUCCAGAGAAUUAAAAAUUUUCAAAUAUUUUAUCUUUUUCCAGUUUCUUUUUCGUUUCUACAAAGCCAUAAACAAACGGACGCUAAGAGCCGAAACACGGAAACAUCGUGUUUUUUCUCCCCAGAAUUCAACUUGGGGCUUCAACAUAUGUCAGCACUGCCAGCGGAGUCGUGGAAGGGCUAAUCCAAAACCAAACCAGAGACUCAACUCACUUUUUCAGCUCGAUAGCACAGUUUUAGCAGGUGGCCGUUACAUUGUAGUUCUAAAAAGCUGUGUAGAUGUCAAUGUCGUCUUUUGUGACUAACUGGAACUCACGAGAAACAAGCGCUCUCUCCCGACUGUGGUUUUUGUUCUUGUUGGGAUGUCUUUGCACUAUUGGGA